CAGUUCUGGAUGGGCGUCCACCCGCUUCUGCCAUCGCGUCUCGUUGCUUCCGGGGAGUCACUCAGCGAUGUCUUGGACCGCACUGGCAGUCCCAACGACGCUUUGCCGUUUCUUUUUAAGGUGCUGUCCAUAGGCAAGACGCUCAGCAUUCAAGUACACCCCCCUGCGCAGGUUGCAGAGAUGCUCCACGCAAAGCAUCCUGAUAUUUAUCCCGUGGCAGAUGCUAAUGCGAAACCCGAGAUGAUUGUGGCCAUCACCAAAUGCGAAGCACUUAUAGGCUUUCGCCCCCUGAGGGAGGUGGCCGGCAUCAUCGCCCACAUCGUCCCGUUUGCAGAGCUCUUGGGCGGGGAGGUCACCGGUGCCAUCUUCAAGUUUUGCGCAGCAGGAAAGCUGCCCAGGCGUAAUGCAGGUGAUGAUUCCGACCAACAAGCUGAGGCACUAGUGCUUCGUCAAGCACUCGAAACGCUUUCGCUUCGCCGGGACAAGGAGGCUGUUGCCGAGGCAAGCAAAAAGGUGCAAGCCCUGGUUAAUGUUGACCUUCAACUCAAGGUGCCAGGGGUAGCAGCCGAGGCAAUCAACCUCGCACGACGCAUCGGGUGUGAACAUGCAGAGGACGACCUGGGCGUUUUCCUGGCCCUGUUGAUGAACUUUGUCGAGCUGGCGCCCGGCGAAGCCGUCUUCAUCCCAGCAGGGGUGAUGCAUGCAUAUGUCUCAGGGGACCUGGUAGAGUGCAUGUCAUCCUCCGCAAACGUCAUACGGGCAGGCCUGACCUCCAAGUACCGGGACUUGGACAACCUGUUCUUAUCACUCUCUUUCGACUCGCAUCCUCCGCGGUUUAUCACUCCUCGGUCUGAGCCUACCUACCGAUUGAGCAAAGGAUCAGCCCCGGUCUCGGUGCACUACGACGCGCCUGGCAACCUCUUCAGCGUCCAGGUGAUUCGACUGCCUAGCACAGGUGACAGCAUUCAAAUGGGUCCAGAGCUAAGACCGUCGAUUCUCUUGUGCACAAGAGGAGAGGGCCGCAUAGCUCUCUCUUUAGUUGCCAGCAAGGAACAAGGAGAAGCUCUGGGCUUUGGGACUGUACACUGCAUUGGGAGUCGGACGUCCGCGACAAUCACGAACGGAGGGGAUGAGAGUUUGAUCUGCUACAGGGCUUAUCAGAGGAUGGGGUGUAACUCUUUAGCAGAGGAAGGGGGGGGGGUCUCUGACCCCAUGUUCUGUCUCAUGACAUUGUGGUCCGGCACUAGCAAAUUGAGAUUUUAUGACAACAUUAUGGUACCUAGCCGGUGUCAUAAUGUUUCCUAGCCGGUAUCCUAAUGUUUAUGUAAUGGCAGGACUUGCUAGUGCCGGACUACAAUGUCAUGAGACGGAACAUGGGGUCAGAGACCCCCCCUUCCUCUGCUAGGUCUUUUACCACGGCCGGUUCAUGCAUUAAAACCUAUUGCUUCAAUUUCGUCUGUUGACAAAUGUUCAUAAAACUUGACUGCUGUGGUGUUGUGUUGCUCUACAAAGGGUAGGUACCCUAGGGAGCAGAGCAUCUGCAGGCAAGAAUUCCUUUUGAAUUGCAAGAUAUUGAGGGUUGUCUGUUCACAUUCAAAAGCAAGUUUGUGCUAAACGAACAAAA